GAUUUGGAAGCAUAAUCAAACUCAUUUCUCUUGAUUCCAAUUAAGAUAUGGAAGAGUCAAACGGUUCAAUCCAGCAGAGCUGCUUGAACGGAACGCUGGGGCGCCACUUGGCUAAGCGGCUAGUCCAGAUUGGCGUGAAGGAUGUGUUCUCUGUCCCGGGGGACUUCAACUUGACGCUGCUGGAUCACCUGAUCGCCGAGCCGGAGCUGAGCCUGAUCGGCUGCUGUAACGAGCUCAACGCCGGCUACGCCGCGGACGGCUACGCUCGCGCCAACGGGGUGGGCGCGUGUGUGGUCACCUUCACGGUGGGCGGGCUGAGCGUGCUCAACGCCAUCGCCGGCGCCUACAGUGAGAAUCUGCCAGUGAUCUGCAUCGUCGGCGGCCCCAAUUCCAACGACUACGGCACUAACCGGAUCUUGCACCACACCAUCGGCCUGCCGGAUUUCUCCCAGGAGCUUCGGUGUUUUCAGACCGUCACUUGCUCUCAGGCCGUGGUGAAUAACUUGGAAGACGCUCAUGAGUUGAUAGACACUGCAAUUUCAACUGCUUUGAAGGAAAGCAAGCCAGUGUAUAUUAGCAUCAGCUGCAAUUUGCCAGGACUUCAUUACCCUACUUUUGCUAGAGACCCUGUCCCAUUUUUCCUUGCUCCAAAGGUGAGCAACCAAUUGGGAUUAGAAGCUGCAGUGGAAGCAACUGCAGAGUUCUUGAACAGGGCAGUGAAGCCGGUGAUCAUCGGCGGUCCAAAGCUAAGAGUGGCCAAGGCACAGAAGGCGUUUAUGGAGUUGGCCGACGCGUGUGGCUAUCCAAUUGCAAUUAUGCCGUCCGGGAAGGGGCUAGUGCCGGAGCAGCAUCCGAACUUCAUCGGGACUUUCUGGGGAGCAGUGAGCUCAAGCUACUGUGGGGAGAUAGUGGAAUCAGCGGACGCUUAUGUGUUUAUUGGCCCUAUCUUCAAUGACUAUAGCUCGGUUGGGUAUUCUCUGCUGAUCAAACAAGAGAAGUUGGUUGUAGUCCAGCCAAACCGUGUAACUGUGGGUAAUGGCCCUUCGUUCGGGUGGGUUUUCAUGGCGGAUUUCUUGAAUGCCCUGGCUAAGAAGUUGAAGAAGAACAGCACGGCCAUGGAGAAUUAUCGUCGCAUAUAUGUUCCUCCUGGCAUUCCUUUAAAGCGGGAGAAGGGCGAACCUCUUAGAGUUAAUAUACUCUUCAAGCACAUUCAGGAAAUGUUAAAUUCAGACACUGCAGUGAUUGCAGAGACAGGAGACUCAUGGUUCAACUGUCAGAAGCUCCGUCUCCCUGAGAAUUGCGGGUAUGAAUUCCAGAUGCAAUUUGGAUCAAUUGGAUGGUCUGUGGGUGCGACUCUUGGCUAUGCUCAGGCUGCAAAGCAGAAGCGCGUUAUUGCCUGCAUUGGAGAUGGAAGUUUCCAGGUGACAGCUCAAGAUAUAUCAACCAUGAUGCGGUGUGGACAACGAAGCAUCAUAUUUCUCAUCAACAAUGGAGGCUACACAAUCGAAGUGGAAAUUCAUGACGGUCCAUAUAACGUGAUCAAGAAUUGGGACUACACCGGUCUUGUCGACGCAAUUCACAAUGGACAGGGCAAAUGUUGGACUAAAAAAGUAAAGACAGAGGAAGAAUUGAUAGAAGCAAUUGCGACAGCGACGAGUACACACAAGGACUCGUUAUGUUUCAUUGAAGUCAUUGUGCACAAAGAUGACACAAGCAAAGAGCUAUUGGAAUGGGGUUCCCGCGUUUCUUCUGCUAAUAGUCGCCCCCCUAAUCCUCAAUAGCAACCCGAAGCUGAUGAAAAUGUACAGCCCGACCAGACAGUUGGAGUUGAUGAUCCACCCACACAUUAUUCGGGCCGUAGAAAUAAUAAUGUUAAUUUUACCUUUGCCAUUGUUGUUGUGCUGUUCUCUUGUUUCCUAACCAGGAAGUUCAGCCUCCGGAAAAUGUAAUCCUCUCAUUUUUUAGCGGUAGAUCGUUCGUUAUUUAUUUGAUCUGA